AAAGGGCUCAAGAUCACGGUCUGCUUGAGAGACUUUAAAAGUUCAAUGCGGGGGUGAAACAGAUAGGAAAGGGUUAUGACAUGAGAAAUCAAGCUGGAGACUGAAGAGGAGAGGAGGGGGUGUGAGUGUUCCGCGUACCACUCGGUGCAGUGACUGAAACAUGCGUGUGUGUAGGGGAGGAUCACCACUCUCUUAAAGUUGGGUCAGAGAGGAGAUCGGCAGACUGGAGAGAGAGAGUCACAGAGGAGGCAACACACACUCAACAGGUACACAAAGAUUCUGGACUGCAAGGACAAACCCCUCAGGACUGUGCGUCCCAUCAUGCACCAUCGGAGCUCCUCACAGCUCCAAGGGGUCUCAGGAACUGCCCAGGAUGGAGUCUUCAUCCAAGUGAAAGGGACCCGGCAUCAGCUGAUGAGCACCAACGGGGGAGCAGCCCGUGGUUUCUACCCCAGAAAAGCAGCUCCUCUCUGGGCAUGGCUUCUGAUGGGGGCCCUGGUGGUGCCUGGAGCUUGGAGCUUUUUGUCUGAGGAGCAAGAGGAGCUGCUGGUGGAGCUUCACAACCACUACAGAGGUGUGGUGUCACCCAGUGCGUCGGCCAUGAUGCCCCUGAAAUGGGACGCAAACUUGAAGUUGAUAGCAGAAAACUAUGCAGCCAAAUGUAUCUGGAGCCACAACCCAGAACUGGAAGACACUGGAGAGAACCUCUUUGCCGGCACUGGACAACUGGAUCUGCGAGAAGCUAUGGAAAAAUGGUUUCUGGAACGGCUGAACUACAACUACAGCAACAACAGCUGUGAAGAAGACAUGCUUUGCGGACACUACACACAGAUGGUUUGGGCCGACACACACAGGGUCGGCUGUGCGUUCCAUCUCUGCAACAUGAUGGAAGGCCUUGGUUGGGAGAAGGUCUCCUUUUUGGUCUGCAACUACUACCCAGCGGGGAACUAUGAAGACGAGAGGCCGUACGUGGAAGGAGAGUGGUGCUCAAGUUGUCCCGAAAAUCUACAGAAAUGUGAAAACAACCUCUGUGUUCCAGACAAUGAGGAGGACGAGGAUGUAAUGGUGGGUGAAGAUGCUACAGAAGAUCCUUACUCUACAACAACAGUUCUGCCCAUCCUGCCUGAAGAGAUGAGCAAGGAGGAGGAGGAAGAGGAGGAGGAGAUGAAGGCCUCUCCUCCAUCUUUCAGUGAGCCCAUCCUGACUCUGGAACCCACCAGUUCACCCAGCAUCGUCUCCACCACAAGACCCACAGCAGCACGGCUCCCCACCUCUCACACGGAUGAACCAACCGACCCGACCGCUGCUGGACUCCCUGCUGAAGUGGAGCAGGAGCAGAUGAGUGUGGAGGAGGAGGUGAAGAUUGAGGUCGAGAAGGUCAAAGAGCAGGAGAAAAGGAAGGAAAUAGGGAGAGACAUUUCGGCUAAAGAAGGGUCUGAGGCGGUAGCACGAGGGAUAAACAAAAUCCACAGUGCUACCAGUGCUGCUGUAGCCCUUUUAGCUCCUCUGUUUCUCACCUGUCUGACUGCUGUCCUGGCUCUGGAGCUGUGAGCCGGAGGGACGGAGCGGAACAGUCUUCAGUGGUAAUUCACUCAUUCACUUCGCUUCUCUGUCGCAAACUGGGUCGUCCCUAAUUCCUUAACAUCAGCGGAGGUGUCCGCAACAUCUGUACAUAGUCGGCGGGAGGCCAGGAAGAAGGUGAAAAAUGAGGCCCAACAUGGUGGGGAAUGGAGCAUAUUUACGGAUCAAUCUGAUUCUGGAUGGAUGGAUCAAACACGUUUUGGGGCUUAUUUCAAAUCGUUUUUUGAAGGUUCUUUAUGGAGUUUCAACUUUCAUUCUGUUUUAUGGUCAUUUUCAAGCUGAUAAAACAAACUUCAAGUUUUUUCAAGGUCUUGAAUUUUUGUCUCAAUAAACCAUUUCUUUGAUCAAACACUAACCAUCUUUCGUAAUUCAGAAAAAAUUCUCAGUCAGCCUCCUCCAUCUUCAUCUCAUCACGCCUGUCUCCCUCUUCUCCUUCUACCUGAUUUGGUCUCGAAGGCGCCAUAAAUGAUCAAAUAUUUCAUUGCGAUUGUGCGACUUUGCUGAGCUAUUUAUGAUACUAGAUGUGCUGUUUGAAGUGAGCAUGAGUGGACGGCACAGGGACAGCAGUGCGAUGGCUGGAGGGAACCACUUUCCUUUCUGAAGUGAAUGACCCGGAGGAGACUUUAGAGAUUUUAGACUUUUGACUGACGACCCUGCUUCUUCGAUGGUUGCCAUGGUUACAUGUACUCCUCCUGUCCAGCAUACAGUAUACACUCGGACUGAACGUUAAAACUGGGAAAUAAUCUAUAAUAUUUUCACAUACACUGUCUUAGAAAGUGGGAAGAAACUGUAUCUGCAUUGCAUUUGUUGUACAUGGUUGUACAUAAUAAUAAAUAAAUAAAUAAAUGAAUACUUGAUGUUAUUAUUAAGACUGAAAAUCUCUAGCUGCAUAUUAGAAGAGUAAAAUAAAAGUGUGGACAGAAAACAGCCGGAAGCUUUUUGAAGUGGACCGAUCUCAAGAGGAUAAGUGGAGGACAGAGGAUUUAAAGUUUAAAGAGGU